CCUGUCAGCACACACGGUUCUUCAUUCUUAUCUUUGCUGGUCCCGCACGCUGAAAUUGCUCUGUGCAUGAAUUGUCGGUGCGACGAGACGUCAAUCGACCGCGAAAACGUGACAAAAAACGCGACGUUUCGCCCUCCGUGCCCGGACAAACUGCUGCAAUUUCGACGGACCGAUUAUAGUCUCCAACCUCGUUUUUAGCGGCGAUUGUGGACUUUGCUUUUAUACAACACUGGAAUUAUUCUGGAGAAGGAAGCAAAUCACAGCAAUACAGCGACGAGUGAUAUUUGUUGGCCAGUGGAGUUUGUUAGAGUUGGCAUUAAAACGAACGAAAAUUCAUUAAGUUGAAUAAAUUUUUCGGGUCGUUCUGGUUCUUCUUCUGUCUUCUUAAACCAAAUCAGUGCUCUGUUCAUUGUCUGCCCCUAACGGACGGCUAUUAUACCGGUACAGGUUGUGACGUCUUCCAGCACUCACAGGUUUACUUAUUUUUUCCAUCUUUAUCCUGUCAUUUUUUGUUCUUCUUGAUGUCUGUUAACACUUCAACACCAGCAUUCAAUGCUGGAACCCAGUUCUACCUGGCUCAUACAUCAUCGUUGUCAAGUUUGCAGGUAUCGGAAAAAUGGCAACAAUCACCAAAUACCAAUAACUGCAUCAGCCAUGCCAACACCAGUGUGAUGGCCCAUUCUUUUUUGGAAACCUUUCAUACCCUUGCAGAAGCUCACCGCAUUCCUACUGUUACCAUUAACGAUAUGGUCCCUCACUGUCCUGCUACACCUACGCCUGACGGUAGGCCUUAUACUUCCGGUGGGCUCAUUCCGUUUGUUUCGUCCUCAGGUAACGACGAAAUUGACGGUUCCCCCAAUGUUCGACGUACGAAACGUUACUCCAUACGUUCAUCUCCAAAACGAUCCCGCUCGCAACUUCUCCACCGGCACUCAGUUUUCGUGCCCUCGUCCCCAUCGUCCUUUCAACCCAUGCAUUCCGCAACUCUCAGUUCUGACCGUAUUUCUAGUCUGAAUGAAUCUGCUGAUAGUGCAAAUGGAAACAAUUUACUCGGCUUUGCGAGUAGCGAGUCUAGUCUCGCUUUACGACCGAAGACUUCAGCGUACGGUUCAAGUGUUCACACAUCCCAAGACUCUCCGGAUACAGCUGAUUUAAAGCGUGCUCAUCGUAACAGCUGGACUUUUUUCUUGCGACACCCAAGCACUUCUCAUCUGCAACGCAAGUUUUCUAUAUCGGGUAACUCCCCUUCCUCUACCCAUCAUUCUCGCAAUUUAUCAAGUCGAACAAAUUUGCUCGCAAGUUCAAGAAGCGUUUUUGGUAAGGAUAUUCUAGCGCUACCUGAUAACGAGUCUACCUUUUGUGAACCGGAUGCCCUCCCUUCUCACGCACUCCCUGCAUCUCUUCGUGUUCCUCAUGUUUUCUCUCAGUGCAUUACUGCCCUUAUAAGUCAUGGGCUUGCUGUUCCUGGCAUUUUUCGAAUAAGCGGUUCUGGUCCCGUAAUUCGAGCCAUCAUGGACUAUUACUUUGAGCCGCCAAGCUUUUGGUAUGAGGAUCCGGAGGAUCUCUUUCAGAAAAUUGGUGAACCAACUGCCAUAGACAUAGCCGGUGUGCUGAAACGUUACAUUCUUAUGUUACCCGGUGGGUUACUGGGACGGCAAGAGGUGCUUGAUUUGUUGGUGUCCCUACAUCAUGCACCAAAUCAACAAGAGCUGCCAAAGAAUGUUUGGUUGGAAAUGACUGUACUGGCACUAGCACAGAUUGAUUCGUACCGUCGGUUUUCUGUGUUUGCCUCACUGUUCGCACUUUUACAUUUGAUUGUACUUAAAACACAACAGGUAGAACAAAGCCUGGCUGAUAUUGGCGAAUCAACUUAUAUGCGAGCAGAAGCCCUCGGCAUCGUAUUUGGGCCUCUUUUGCUUGGCAUGUCGGAUGAGCCAUAUUCAACAAAAAUUGAUGGUGCACAACUUAAUGAUGUGAUGCGUUUUGAAACCGAGAAAGUUCGGCUUGAGGCAAAGAUCGUUGAAAACAUUAUAAAUAACUGGCCUGGUCUUGUUGCUGAAAUGCGUCGCUUGGAGGUUGCUGCCGCUUUUCCAGACUCUCCCGAAAACGUUACUAAAGAAGAGAAUGUUACGGUGACAAGGAAUCCUUCAACGAUCGUCGAAGUACCGUCGUCUAGGGCUUUGGUUUCACAACGGAACAGUGCAUUAUUCAAUAGCAAUGUACCGGCGGACUUGUUUUUUACACCAAUGUCCACUGCUUUCUCUUUUUAUCCUGAAAAUGAUACACGCAAUCAAGUGUCGUUUUCAUUUGCGGAUGAUUCUUCUCUCACAAAUAUGCAACCAGAGGAUCCUUCUGUUCGACAAACGUCGCCCUUAUCGCCUUCUUUAUUAGAAGAAACCACGCGAGCGGUACUAGAAUCAAAUAACGAUGCCGGCGUAACUGUUUCUUCAAGUUCAAAUGAGAAAGAUCUUGAAAACCAACUUACUCCGGCCCAUGUCUCAGAAGCAGAAGCAAUCCAGUCUUUCAUUAAAAGCACAUCUACUUUGCCGCUACCGACAAAGAACAUUCGGAGAGCGGAGACGGUUAUAUUGUCUGCACCAACUUCUAAGGCUACGGAGGAUAAUGUUUUAUCUGACCGCAAGUUAAAGGCUAGAACAGUUACCGCUAUUCCUUCCGAUGGGACCACAAGCUCCAAGUCAGAUAAAAAGGAGUCUAAACACGGAUUUUCUCGAUUUUACAAGCGAAUCAAUAUUUUCCGACGACUUUUUAAGAAGAAAAAAACUUAGAAUGAUGUGGUAAAUUACCUCCCUACCGACUUUUUGACAAUCCUUUUUCUGUAUAUUGUGUUGCAAAGGAAAGUGUAUAAUUGACCUAUUCCCUUAACGCUCCGUUGAGUAUAAAUCGUCGAACCAGCAUAAAGUCCCUGGUCGAAAAAGGAGCAAUUCUUCAUUCCCCCUCAACUCACUUUUGUCUCAUAUACAUGCGAUAUCCAAAUCCGUUUGACACUUUCAUUCCACCUGCGCUUUCCGAAUUCUUUUUCCAGUUCAACUUUGACUUUUGCUACUUUUGAUUACAAGCAUCCGUCUAUCUAUUGUCCCGCUUUUGCUCGCAGGCUCAUGAGCUCGCGCUCCUCCAUCUACAUCCCGUUCCGUUCCCUUCCUUUUUCUAUAUUUGCAGCUCAUGUCAUUACGUCCCUAGAUAAUUAAAAGCAUCCACUAAUAAAAAUAUACGGGGUUUUUGUCCACUGUUUUUAGGACUCAGUGCUCUGGUCGAUAAGGUGAAGCGCGCGACCAGCAAGAAG